AUGAGUGGCAAGGCGUUAGCCAUCAUUCGAAGCGAUGGGAAGGUCAAGUUGCCAGCAUGCCAAGCUCGAACCAGUUCCUUCAACUCUCGCUUUUUCCAUGUUCUAAAACAUGUUACACGAAUAGUCAAAUAUCUCCCACUCCUUUGUUGCUUCCUCCGCUCUUUCCAACAAGGAGUGGAGAAGAGGCUUAGGCUGGAGAAAGAGGUCAGGAGACAAUCCAAUUUUGCAGAUUUAUAG